AUGGCUCCCGCAACGCCCCGUCUCAAGAUAUUAUCAGUGGGUGGAAACGCCGUCUCUGCUUUCCUGUCCUGGAGGUUACAGGCAACCAAUGCCUGCGAUGUCACCCUCGUCUGGAAGUCUGGCUACGAGCACGUAGCUCAGUAUGGCAUCACUUUCAAGUCACAAGUAUUCGGCAAUGAACGGUUCAAACCACGUCGAGUGGUCAGAUCACCCGAAGAAGCCGUCAACACCAAAGAAGGACACUUCGACUACGUCGUUCUUUGCGUGAAAGCACUCCCUGAUGUAUAUGACCUCGCCUCAGUGAUCGACUCAGUUGUUGUCCCACAGCACACGUGUAUUCUGGUGAAUACCACCAAUGCGAUAGGCGUUGAGGCUGCUAUCGAGGAGCGAUACCCCACAAAUGUUGUUCUUUCCCUGGUCGCAGGUGCAGAUCUCACACAACUUGGUCAGAGCGAGUUUGAGCACAAAGGGUCGACGGAACUUUGGAUCGGACCGGCGAAGAGAAACAGCGAGAUCCCCGCUACGAUCCAGGACGACAUGUCUUCAGCGCUUGCUAUGACUCUCAGUACAGGCCAGGUAGAUGCCAAAGUGUCUCCGAACAUCCGGCAACACCAGUACGAACGAGUGAUUGGUCCUAUUGCUUUUCAUCCUGCUAGCGUUAUCUUCGAGACUGCGAGCUACUCCGAACUCCUAUCAAAGCCUGCCGUCAAGACACUGGUCUUCGGCGUCAUUGAAGAACUGCUCGAGUUGGCCGAAGCCCAAGGCUGCAAAUUCGGUGCAGAGUACAAGCAGAAAGUAGUCGACGACAUGGUGAAGCAGACAGGGACGGAUAGCAUCAUGUGGCAAGACUAUCAGGCUCGGCGGCCGAUGGAAGUCGAAACCUACCUCGGUUCUCCUAUAAAGCUGGCAAAGGAGGCCAACGUCAAGGUCCCCCGGAUCGAAACUUUAUAUGCGAUGCUACAUCACAUGAACGUGGUCAAUCGAAACAGGCCGAAGGUGGACACUGUGGCAGCAGCUGGACCACCGCCUCCAUCUGGCUCGCCCACAUCUAUGGCCUUCCCAUCACCAAUGCCCCGCAUGUCGAUGCAACCACCACCUCGCGGCAUGCCACCCAACGGCAUUCCCAAUGGUAACGGUAUGCCUGGCCGGCCACGGCCCCGAGGCUCUUCGCAGCUAGGACCUUCUCCUGGCAUGCGUCGUCCUUCGUCGAAUGCUGGGCCGCCUAACGGAUAUGGUCGACCGCCGAUGAAUGGGCCGAACGGGCAUCCUCGCCAGCCAUCCAGGCGCGGAUCGAUGGAUGGCGCCGAUUUGGAGGAAUUCAGCCACCUUGUGGUUUAUGACGAUAUCCCUGAAGGAGGCGAGGGGCACUCCGAUCCAGCUGACUUGACAACCAGAGAACGCGAGCUGCAGUUACGGCAGCGUGAGCUCGCUUUAAGGGAACAAGAGAUGAGGAUGAGACGAGGCCCAGGCCCAGGCCCAGGCCCAAUGGGACCGCCAAUGGGACCGCCAAUGGGGAGACGCGGACCUCCGCCAAGAAUGAUGAAUGGCGGGCCUGGAGGGGUGUAUGAUGAUGACGACGACGACGAAGGUGACUUUUUUGAUCCCAACUCAGGCCCGCCGGUACCCAUGAUCGAUCCCGACAACUUCGACAUGAUGAGCGUCACUUCCCGAAAGAACAGGCAACAUGGGCAUAAACCCUCAGCUGCUCAAUUCCGCAAGAACCCAGAAUUCGACACUCUACCUCCUUCCAGGGGAGGUCGCUUCCGACCGAACUUCGGCCGGAACCGCUCGAGUCAGAUCGGCCCCCAGGGAGCCAGUCUGCGCGAAAACCUGCUAGAGGACCCUCUGAUGGGUCUCACGUCCAACAGAUACGGUGCCGUUGACCGAAGUGCGAUGCAACAGGAAUCGAGGGCGAAUUCAAUCACGUCUCAGCGUAUGGACGAUAUGGGUUGGGGUCCUGGUGGAGGUGGGCCAAUGGCAAUGGGUGGACCGAUGGCCAUGGGUAUGAACGGAGCAUUUCCUCGACGAGCGAGUCAAUCACCUGGAUAUGCACCGUCUAUGAGAGGAGGCAAUGGCAGGCCCUCACCGCCUAACGGACUCGGCGGUCCUGGCGUAAACGGCAGACCGUCCCCGCCGAAUGGCGUCCGUCAGCCGACGCCGCAGUAUCCUCCGGGCCAGGGCAAUACUGUUGCACCGCAACAAGUCGAACAGCACGCUGGGGUGAGCAACCUGAACCCGCCCAACAAGGGCAAGAAUGUGCCUAGUCUGACCGGGAGUGCGAGCGCCAGCGCGGGCAGUGGUGAAUCCACCAACCUCGACACGCCAUCUGCACAUAGCAGCCAAAGUAGCCUCGGGGCCCGCCCUACAAUUGCAGCACGCUAG